GUCCGAGUACAAAGGUCGAACAAACAGCUGUCUUUUCGGCAGAAGGGAAGACUGCUGCAAUGGCGUGUACAAAAAGAGUCACCGGCUGUAUUUCAACCCGACACUCUUUGGCCGUACUUCUAAUGGGAGUUAUCAUCCAUUUCUUCACCCUGCGGUCGAACUUCAGUAUUAUCGUAGUCGCUAUGGUGAAACAUUCUAAGAACAAUGAAGGCAACAGCUCCAGGGAGAACGAGUGUUAUGUAAACGUGACACAGAAUUAUAAGUACUUCACACACGAAAAUGGCACGGCUUUCAACCUGCACAACGAGACAGGGGAAUUGUGGCAAGCAAACAGUACAGAUCAUAAAAGUCAGGACAAAUUUUCAUGGGACCCCAUCACGCAAGGCCGCAUCAUCGGUGCCUACUCGUACGGCCAUGUCUUCAGUCAGGUGAUGGGAGGAUUCCUGGAGGCCAGAUUUGGUGGGAAGAAAGUUCUCGGCCUGAGCAUCCUGCUCUCCUCCGUUCUGACUCUACUGACACCCGCGGCUGCUGUCGCUGGAGAAUGGUGGCUGUUUGUUGUUCGGGUGGUGGUCGGAUUUGUGCAGGGUGUGACAUACCCCAGUAUCUUUGGCAUCUUGUCAAGAUGGGCCCCGCCUUCGGAGAGAGGUCGUCUUCUUACAAUUGUCUCUACCGGUGAAACCUUGGGAGUCUUUGUGGGUUUUACACUGACAGCACGUCUCAUCACACAGUUUGGUUGGGCUGUUACCCUGUACAUAACAGGUGUAGCUGGCCUUGCAUUUUGCUGUAUCUGGUGUCUCCUAGCUUAUGACUCGCCUUCGGUACAUCCGAGGAUAUCUGAAGACGAAAGAAAAUACAUUGAGUCAAAUUUGGAGACAACGACAAAGGAAAGAGAGAUCCCGUGGUUCAAAAUGCUUUCAUCGCCACACCUGUGGGCACUGAUCUAUAUACACUGCACGGACGGUUGGGGAUUUUUCAUGAUGCUUACCUGCCUACCUCUGUACAUGGAUACAAUACUCAACUUUAACAUCGAUGCGAAUGGAGCAUUAUCGGCCAUGCCAUACCUGACUCUCAUGGCAUCAAGGAUCCUGUCUAGUUUCAUCAUCGAUGCCAUCAUCAAGCUAUCGAGUUUUAAGAAGGUCAACAUUAGAAAGACGUCCAUACUAGCUUUGGUUGGCGUUGCCGCCUGCCUUGUAGCUGUUGGUCACGUGAGAUGUGAUUCCACAGCAGCCAUCGCCAUGUUGUGUCUGGCUACGGCCAUGUCAGGUGUGAUGAUUCCUGGGUUUUACCCGAGCUAUACAGAACUCACACUGGGGUUCUCUGGAGUAGCGUUUGGAAUCAGCAAUGCAGUAACAAACUGCGCGGGAUUCAUUGUUCCUCUGAUGGUGGGAGUUAUCACAGAAGAAAACCAAACUGUAGCAGCCUGGCAGAAAGUCUUCUACGUCAGCGCCGCCAUUUCCGUUUCCGGUUCCGUCAUGGCUCUAGGGUUCCUCCGGACUGAUCCGGUUUCCUGGGCGCAGGACCCGGAUGAAGACAAACUGCCGCAACCAGCACGGGACAAGCUAAUACGUGACUUUAAUGAUGGCGAGAAAUGCCCGGUGAUUGUUUACGAGACAACAGUGUAAAGUUAAACUGCAUUUCUUGAUAAUAUGCCAUUCUUAGGUGUUGUCACCAAUGCGUUUUGCCGCCAUUACGAUGACCUACUAUUUGUAUUUUGAUGAUUUUUCUAUAAAAAAAGCAAAAAAUAAUGUUCCGACAUUCCAAUAUUAUCUAAAUGUUAUUCAUAGUAUUAUAC